AUGAUAGAGAGGAUAAAAAAUAUAUAUAAGAAGAGAGGAAACGGACAGCAACUCGCUGAUAUAAAUUAUUUUAUGGGGUAUUGGAGUAAGGGUACAUAG